AUGGGCCCUGUGGAGAAUCAUCUGAAGCAUGAUCCUGUGGAGACUGAUCCUGUAGAGAAUGAUUCUGUGGGGAGUGAUGCAGUGGAGAGUUUUCCUUCAGCUAAUGAUCUUGCGGAGAGCAGUCCUGUGGAGAGUGAUCCUGUGGAGAGUGCCUGUCUGAAGAGUAACUUUGUGGUGAAUUACCCUGUGCAGAGAGAUCCUGUGGAGCUUCAUCCUAUGGAGAAUGAAUCUGUGUGGAGUGAUCCUGUGUUGAGUCAUCCUCUGGAGUGUGAUCUUGUGGAGUGUGAUCCUGUGGAGACUGAUCCUAUGGAGAGUGACUGUCUGGAGAGUAACUCUGUAGUGAAUGACCCUGUGCAGAGUGACCCUGUGGAGCCUCACCCUAUAGAGAAUGAAUCUGUGUGGAGUGAUCCUGUGGUAAGUGAUCCUCAGGAGAGAGAUCCUGUGGAGAAUGAACCUGUGGAGAAAGAUCCUCUUGAGAGUGAUCCUCAGGACCCUAUUCUGAUUAAGAAUGAUCCAGUGGCAAGUGAUCCCAUGAAGGGUGACUUUUGGAGAGAAAUCCUGUGGAAAGUGACCCAGUGGCGAGUGAUCAUCUGGAGAAAGGCCUAUUAG